AUACCACGAAUUUGUAAUGAGCAACCAUCAAAAUGUUUCCACCACUUAUUUUCUUUGACUGAAAGGCAAAAGAUAGAAAAUAAUCACGUCCACACUUUAAAUACUCACUUGUACCCGUGCUUGUUAGGAAGAAAGAAAGAAAGAAAGAAAGAAUGGUUUGAUGUUUGAUGGUGGGUUGAAGAUAUUCAGAGUCUUUAAAAAUUAUCAACAGUUAUUAGUUCCCUCUCUAACUUGAUAUAUAUUUCUUCAGCAUUAAUUAUUUGCUAAAAUCAUGAAACUUUUUGGUAAUAAAAGAGAGACUCUAGAGAAAAAUGGAAAGGAAAGUGUGGAAAACAAAGGUAAAAGUGUGACAACUGAUGAAGCAGAGAUUGAAUACAGAGGAUGGAAAGUGAUGCCCUUUAUCAUAGGAAAUGAAACUUUUGAGAAGCUAGGAACCAUUGGCACCUUAGCCAACCUGUUAGUGUAUCUUACAACAGUCUUCAACUUGAGCAGUAUUACAGCUACAAAUAUUAUCAACAUCUUCAAUGGCAGUGCCAGCUUAUCUACUUUGCUUGGAGCUUUUCUUUGUGACACAUAUUUUGGUCGCUAUAAGACGCUCGGAUUCUGCACUAUGGCUUCCUUUCUGGGGUUGCUUGUUAUACAACUAACAGCAUGGAUUAAGAGUAUGCAUCCACCUCCAUGUGGAAGAGAUAGCAACACAUGCACAGGUCCAACUACUGGGCAAAUGGCAUUUCUAUUGGUAGGAUUUGGACUUCUAAUUGUAGGAGCUGCAGGAAUUAGACCAUGUAACUUGGCAUUUGGAGCUGAUCAGUUCAACCCCAAAACUGAGUCUGGAAAGAAAGGAAUAAACAGUUUCUUCAAUUGGUAUUUCUUUACCUUCACAUUUGCUCAGAUGGUGUCUUUAUCACUAAUUGUCUAUGUACAGUCAAAUGUGAGCUGGGCUGUGGGAUUGGGAAUUCCUGCUGCUUUGAUGCUAUUCUCUUGCAUAGUCUAUUUCUUGGGAAGCAAUUGUUAUGUCAAAGUUAAAGCAACAGGAAGUCCAGUAACAAGUUUAGUUCAAGUUAUAGUUGUGGCUAUAAAGAAAAGAACACUGGAUGUACCAGAAUAUCCUUUGUUGGCUCCAAUCUUUGACUAUAUUUCUCCCCAGUCUAUUAACUCCAAGCUACCUCAUACAUCGCAGUUCAGGUUCCUUGACAAAGCUGCUAUUAUAACCCCGCAAGAUAAAAUAAACCCGGACGGGUCUGCAUCUGAUCCUUGGAAUCUCUGCAGCAUGCAACAAGUGGAGGAACUGAAAUGCUUGCUUAGAGUGAUUCCCAUUUGGGUUUCAGGCAUUUUUUUCUAUGUUGCCAUUGUCCAACAGAACACAAUGCUAGUGUUCCAAGCCCUUCAAUCUGACAGAAGCAUUUUUAACAGCAGUUUCAAGAUCCCAGCAGCUUCCUACAUUAUCUUCCAAAUGCUGAGCUUGACUAUAUGGUUACCGAUCUAUGAUCGAAUAGUUGUGCCUUCACUCCAAAGGGUCACUGGAAAAGAGGGUGGCUUCACAAUUCUCCAAAGAAUGGGCAUUGGCAUGUUUAUCUCUAUCCUAUGCAUGAUCGUAUCUGGGGUGGUAGAAAAGCAUAGAAGGACAAUGGCUUUGACUAAUCCUAUAGGAGUAGAACCAAGAAAAGGUGCCAUUUCAUCAAUGACAGCUCUAUGGUUUAUUCCUCAGCUAACACUGGCAGGACUAUCUGAUGCAUUUACAUUGGUUGGACAAGUUGAAUUUUACUAUAAACAGUUCCCGGAGAACAUGAGAAGCCUUGCAGGGUCUCUAUUUUUCUGUGGCCUUGCAGGAUCAAGUUAUUUGAGUAGUUUGCUGAUUUCUAUUAUUCAUCAGACUACAGCCAAAUCUGCAUCUGGAAAUUGGUUACCACAGGAUCUCAACAAAGGGAGAUUGAAUAACUUUUAUUACAUAAUCGCUGUCCUAGAAGUCAUUAAUCUGGGUUACUUUAUUUUAUGUGCCAAGUGGUAUAACUACAAAGGGGCUGGUUCUAGCAGCAGUAGCCUUGAGGUUGCUCAAGUAUCAGAACUAUCUGAAAGAACUGUUAAUGGUGUCUAAUGGUUAGGUUCAUAGUUAAUGAUGUUUAAAUCUUGAAAUAGAGUUUUUACAAUGUUGUUUCUUUACCAAGAAAAAUAAGCUAGUUUUUGUCAUAAAAAAGAAAGUGAAUGUUGAUUUUGCUAUUUUUCAGGUUAGGAUGGCAUUUGAAAGUAAAUUUAUUGUUAACAUUCUGAUUUUAUUAUUGAUAGCUUACCUUUAAUAAUAAUAAAAAAUAGUUAUUGAAAUGUGCUU